CCCGCGUCGCGUUCUGUGCGCCGGGCUUACGUCGGUGACGUCACGGCAGCACACGAGGAGCCGUUGAGUGAGUGCUGAGUCGGGUUAGUGGCGGCGCUCGCGGGAUCAGCCGGGUCUCCUGGAAGCAAGCCGCAGCCGGAGCCGACUCUCCCCAGCCCGAGCCCAUCCCGAGCGGGUAACCAGCAGCCGCAGCGCCCCCUCCCCCCCACACACAACACCCGGAAAUGGAGCCCAGCGACUCGGCCCCGGAUUCCUGGGAUCAGGCGGAUAUGGACGCCCCGGAGGCCCAGCUCAACUCAGCCCUGGCCAUGCUCAACGUCAACGCCAAGCCCUUCGUCCCCAAUGUACACGCCGCGGAGUUCGUGCCUUCAUUCCUCAUCAGCAGCAAGGAGGACGGUGAGCAGCGGGCCGGGGGGGGGACAGGGAGGCUCAGCACCACCUCUGGGGCCCAGGGCCGGGGAGGACAUGAUGGGGCCUAGAGCCGGCCGGCAGGGAGGGUGGGCAUGGCUGGCACCCAGAGCCGGGGAGGGGAGGACAUGUUGGGGCCCAGAGCCGGCAGGGUGGGUGGGCAUGGUUGGGGCCCAGAGCCGGCAGGGUGGGUGGGCAUGGUUGGGGCCCAGAGCCGGCAGGGUGGGUGGGCAUGGUUGGGGCCCAGAGCCGGCAGGGUGGGUGGGCAUGGCUGGGGCCUAGAGCCGGCAGGGAGGGUGGGUGGGCAUGGCUGGCACCCAGAGCCGGGGAGGGGAGGACAUGUUGGGGCCUAGAGCCGGCAGGGUGGGUGGGCAUAGCUGGGGCCUAGAGCCGGGGAGGGGAGGACAUGCUGGGGCUUAGAGCCGGCAGGGAGGGAGGGUGGACACGAUGCGGCAGCCCUGAUCUCCCGGCAUGAGGGAGGUGCCUGCAGUGUGAUCGCAGACAGACACCCCAGCCCUCUGUCUGCUCUCACAUUAGGCACAGUGCCAUGUGGGGCCCAUGCCUGGGGUUAUUACAUUGAUUUUUAUGUAGCACUAGCUUGCAUCAGGUAGAUUCCAAAAAGAAAAUAAAUAAAAAAAUACCAUAAAAGUUAUGCGGUAGAUGUGUGUAACCUAUUUAUCUAGGUUUAACGUCUAAGGGGGAUGGUAUUACAUGAAAAUGGCAUAUUGCUACAAUAGAUAUCAUGCUCAACAGGAGAUUGUUCUGAGCAGGUUACAUAGAUUAUGGCUAGGCAGAUAAAACUACACUCUUGAACUUGAGAGGGACAUAGGUAGCAUGUUUACUAGGGUACAGAAGUGGAGUUUUUAUUUUUUAUUUUUUUUAAAAAGCAUGAUUUUUCCACCCGUAAUCACCAUAUAGUCGUGAUGACUCACAGCAUGAGAUGCAGUACAGUUCUUAUUGAGAAUUACUGCUUUUGUUACACCUCCCUUUUGCAGAAGCUUUAGGAGUCGAAUGGUAGAAACAGGUUCGGCUUGGGUAUUGGCAGUUAAACCACUUAUAUUUAAUGUAGUUUUAGCGCAACUAGUUCUUGUUUUUUUGUUUCCCUUCCAUAACUUCAACGAUAAGAUCUUGAGAUUUCAAAAAAGUGCACAUCUGUUUUUUUUUCUCAUUAGUUGAGAUAUAUGGGACGCUUGUGUAAAGUGUGAAUGUCCACGGAUAAACCAUUUCUGCUUGCAUUAAAUAACAUUACAUUAUUUUUUUUUUAUUUAUAUAUAUAUAUAUAUAUAUAUAUAUAUAUAUAUAUAUAUACAUGUAUGUUGGUAUCAGAUGUAUAUAUUUGAAUUGAAGCACCAUAACCACUAUAGCCUGCUGUAGUGGUAAUGGAGCCUGGAGUAUACUUUAGUUAUAGCUGUACACAGCGAAGUAAAGCCGUGCAGGACUUUGCUCCUUGCCUGAGAACAUCUGCUGAGUGCUCUCUGCCGAUACACAUGGCUAUGCUUUUAUUUGUAGUUAUCCUGCUUCUUCUUCUGUAAACUCAUAUUUAAAUAGUUUAGGGAUUUACUGUGUGAUGGCACAGGACACAUUGUGCCAUUACUACUGCAGUGACUGAAGUAGUUAUUAUUCUUGAGGUGCUCUUUUUAAUUAAAAUCCAGCAUUUCACUGUCAAUACUGGAAAACUUGAAGUUUAAAAAUACUUAGAAUUAAAAUUAGAAUGUUCCUUCAUUUGAAAAAAGUCAACAUUCCAUAAACCAAGGCUUUAUGCAGUGCCAGUCAUGGUCAGGGCAGUAGGGGGUGCAGGACUGGAGCGUGGUUGUUACAAUAAUGUGAGACCAACUGAUCCCUGAGAAUCAUAGUAUUAGAGUGAAGGGUGGAAAGUGAUAAUAUAACUGCUACAAAGAAAUCAUUUGAUAACUCAUUUGUCUUCUGCAUUAGAAGCUGUUGUAUUUAAAGGUAUGCUCCAUAACCACUACAACCUGCUGUUGUGUUCAUGGUGCCACUAGUGCCCUGCAGCUCUGACAGUGUCAUUUCUCAAAUCAUUUUAAAAAGGGGACUGCAGCCCCCUUGCACGACCCAGUUAAAGGACCAAUUUAAGCACCCAGACCACUUCAGUUUAAUGAAGUGGUCUGGGUGCCAGGUCCAGUUAGGGUUAACCCAUUUUUUAAAUAAACAAAGCAGUUUCAGAGAAACUGCUAUGUUUAUUAAUGGGUUAAGCCUUCCCCCAAAGCCUCUAGUGGCUGUCUCAUUGACAGCCACUAGAGGCGCUUGCGUGCUUCUCACUGUGAUUUUCACAGUGAGCUCACGCCAGCGUCCAUAGGAAAGCAUUGUAAAUGCUUUCCUAUGCGACCGGCUGAAUGCGCGCGCAGCUCUUGCCGCGCGUGCGCAUUCAGCCGACGGGGCGGAACGGAGGAGGAGAGAAGGAGAGCUCUCCGCCCAGCGCUGGAAAAAGGUAAGUUUAAACCCCUUUCCCCCUUCCAGAGCCGGGCGGGAGGGGGUCCCUGAGGGUGGGGGCACCCUCAGGGCACUAUAGUGCCAGGAAAACGAGUGUUUUCCUGGCACUAUAGUGGUCCUUUAAGUUUUCAAACCUUUUUAAAUUGGUUUGAGAAAUUAUUCUGGGAGAACUCCAGGGCACUGCAGGACAACCCAGUUAGAUUAGGAGUGCCCAAAAGGUUGAUCCCAGAUGUCUUAAAACUAGAGUUUCAAUGUUGCUUAGUUCUACAACAUCUGGGGAUCUACCUUUUGAGCACCUCUGAGUUAGAUCCAUUUAGGAAAGCACUUAAGUGCAAUUUUGUAUCUUGCCGUUCUUUGCUUAGGAGAGACAUCUGGCUUCUCUGGAAAAAAAAGUAGACUGGGGGACCAAGUAAGUUUCAAAACAGUUUCACUGAUUACUCUUGCAGGCUGUAGUGGCGAUCAGGCUAUUAUUUUGAUGUUUAAGAUGAUGCUUAAAGGGACACUAUAGUCACCCAGACCACUUCAGCUCAAUGGACACUUUGAAUGUGCACGUGGCACUUGCCGCGCGUGCGCAUUUGGCUCCGUUGACGGAUGGUGGGGCUGACUUCGGCAGGGGAGGAGCGGUCACCAGUGCCUGGCGCAGGAAUAAGGUAAGCUGCUGAAGGGGUUUUAACCCCAUCAGCACCACGGGAGGUUGACCCUGAGGUUGGGGGCACUAUAGUGUCAGGAAAUCCGCUAUGUUUUCAUGACACUAUAGUGAUCCUUUAAAGUUCUAACUAGCUAUGUGUGAUGGAGAGAAAUUUUAUUUUCUUAUAGUGCACAGAUAACACAGAUGAAUUAACUCCUGCACUAGCAGAGUAAAAUAAUCCCUUUCUCUGCUGCCAAUACAUAGCAGUUUUUGCUGCUCACUUUCAGCAUGAAAAUCAUAUAAAUUCAAGGGAUUAACAAAAAACGUUUAUCUGUAAAACUGAGCAUCUUCAUUGGGGAAUGGGUUCUCUCCCUGAAGCAUUUGCCACUCCGUAGGCUGUUAAAAAUGGGAUAUCUGGCUUCUCUUCUGUGGAUAAAAUAUACGAAUCUGAUUACCCAUGGAGGGAAACGAAUGCAAAAUUUAAACAACUUCAAAGUUCAACAUUUUACAGUAUUUUGUAACAGUAUAAAAUGUUACACAGUUGGUCAUUUAGUUUUUUUUUUUUUUGCUUUUUGUACCUGUUCUGCGUGUUUACUUAUUUAAGCUGGUUUUCUUCUGAAGUAAGUUAUCAUUUGUUUCUCCAUCCUCAUGGGACAAGAGUGGUAAUAAUUUUAGAAAAUUUAAAUGCCAAAAGCUACUAUAAUUUUCCUGGGCUUGUAUAAACCAUGACUUAUGACACUUAAAGGAGCACUAUAACCUUUACGGCUUUGUUGUGGCUAAAUAGGACACUGUAAGCGCUGGUGGAACUGUUUCUUCUGAUUGAAGUGAAUAGUGUCUGGAAUCACCUGGCACCAUCCUCCAUUCAAAGUUAAACUAUUUAAAGUGGUUUAAAGAACAAUAUUUACAUUGCAUGGUUAAACUCAACUCUAGUUGUUUUCCUACAGAGAGCCACUGGAGGUGCUUCCACACCAAUAACAGUGAAACUUUUUUUUUUUUUUUUUUUUUUAAUUCUGUGCUUUCCUAAGAGAUGCGUUUGAUUGGACAUGUGUGAUGUUUAACACCCUCCCAUUCAGUGUUAAACUGCUUGCAAAUGAUUAAAUAUUGAAUAGGGGGGAUGGUGCUCAGUGUCCAAAGACACGAUAACCAUUCACUUAUAUGAAAUAGUGGUUAGUGAGCCUUUAAGGAGUACGGAGUGUUUGGGUGAUGUGCUUUAGUUUUCUCUCCUGCUGUUUUUGAGUAGCUUGAAGAAAAGCUGGUCAUUGCUGUGAUCAAACACCUGCCCUUCUACCGUGGCCCGAUUUGGAGGUUGUAUUUUCAAAUUGGCUGUCUAAUAUUAACCAGAACUAAUAAACCAUCAGCACAACUUUCACUUGACCUGUUAAACAUAAGCUUGUCUAAGUUAGAUUACACUAGUCAUCCAAAUCUUUCAUAGAAAGUGAACAAAAAUUACAUGCAUGGCUAGUAAUCUAUAGUUGUAACAUUCACACAAAUUGCUACUCUUGGUCUGCCCUUUUGCAACUCUAGCCACAUCUGCUUCAACUUCGAUCUUUUUUAAACUGAACAUUCUGCUUGUCUCACCAUAGCUCCUGCUCCCACAAUUAGAGAGAACCAGUUCUGGUUACCUCCUGGUCAGUAGUGAGCUUCUGGUAGAGGAGCAUUAGAAGGCAGUUGGCGCCAUGUAGAUUUUCUGUUUAUAUCAAACCAUUCAAUGUUUUGAUAGUAAAUUGAGGAAUGCUGACGGAGUCUAGGAAACCCAACCACCACAGUUAAUUUGUAGCAGUUAUGUUGUGUAGUGUCCCUUUAAGUAUCAGUGGAUUUGAAUGGGCACAACUUUCCCAAGUCGUUGAUUUUUAGUUUCACAUACUUUGGUUUACAUUGCUUUAACCUUGUUCUUUCUGCUCCAUUCGAGGAGCUUUCAGUUUCUUUAGAGAUGUAUGUUACAGGGCUAGCAGAGUUUUUGUAGUCUUUCUGUUAUAGUUGUUUAGUUUGUCCUUCUAAAGAUUAAGUUUCUCAGCAAGACUCCAUAAUCUGUGUCCAAGUUCUGUAGUUUGACAUAUGUCCUAUUGCUUCUAAUCUCUUUUCCUGUAUGACUAAGGAAAGUCCCACCCACUAUUGCGUAAACUAGUUUUCUGUACUUUGCUUGCAGAGAGCUCACAUGUCCAUUUCUGUUGGCAUAAGAGAAGUCCUUUUCAAUGUCGUUUGAUUAACAAAGGGUGAGCAGCAUCACUAAACGGCAUUGGUUUGCAUUACCUUUUAUUUUCUUGACCCUGAGAGCCAAAACAUCCCAAUGUCAUGUAUUGAAUUUAUAAUCUGCUGGAAAAUACUUCUUUGAAUUUUAAAAUCUCUUAAACUAACAAUAACAUUUAUUGGCUAUAUUAAAGGAAUAAUAGUUCUGACCCUAUAUGUAUUCCUGACCUUAUAGUGUUAAAACCACCAUGUAGCCACCACUGGCCCCAUUUUGCCUCCCUAAAUAUUGUAACAUCUUACUUUUAUUCAAGUCUGCAGCUGCUGCCUCUAACCUGUCUGCUGACAUCAGAAGUGGUGGUCUGAGUCGAUCACAGUGCUUCCUCAUAGGAUUGGCUGAGACUGCCUAGGACGCAGAGCCAGCACAAGUCAAACACAUCCCUAGCCAACCAGCAUCUCCUCAUAGAGAUUAAAUGAAAUCAAUGCAUCUGAGGAAAGUUCAGUGUCUGCAAUCAGAGAAUGGAGACACUGAAUGGCAGUGCGGCACACUAGGCAGGACUGCCCCAGGAAGCACCUCUAGUAGCCAUCUGAGGAGUGUCCAGUGGAGUCAUCAGUAGGGUAUAAUAUAAACACUGCAUUUUCUCUGAAAAGAUAGUGUUUACAACAAAAAGCCUGAAGGGAAUGCUUAUACUCACCAGAACAAAUACAAUAAGCUGUAGUUGUUCUGGUGACUAUAGUGUCCCUUUAUUUUAUCAUAGUAGACCACUGUGCCCCUUUCCAAAAAAAAACAAACCCUGAAAUCCAGCACUGGGAAAGUAUACUCUCAUAAGACAUAUCCUCCUCCUCCUGUGGCAUCGUGUAUUCUCAAUUAAUUUCCUCAAUUAAUCUAGUGCUUCUCAUAUAGUUGCACCGGGCAUGCACAGCUUCUGGUAAAGCAUACUUUGCAUACUGACAUCAGUGGGUUCAGAAUUUGAAUCUUUUCCUGUCUGGAGCCUCUUAUGACUGUCUGACAGGCACUAGUAUGCAUGGAAACGGUAAAAUAUAUAUAUAUAUAUUUUAUUUUUUUGAGGCAGUGCUGUUUAUAGUAGCAUAGCUGCAUGGGGCAUAAUUCGUUCCAACAUCAAUACACCUAUAUGUUUUUCUGCAUUGUCCUGAGCCUUUUAUGUUCCAAACUCAUCUACUUCAGUGUAUUUGGCAAACUUAAUCUCACCAGCUGUUAACUUAAAAUACCAUUAUGCAGAGGGAAUUUUAUUGCUGAUGGCAACAUCUGGAGUCUUGCCAUUUUGCAAAACUGCCUCAUAGAAGUAGUUGCUUUUCACAUUCUGUAAACGCAUCCAUUUUUCUGUAGCAAUUACAGGUUUAGAAACUCUCACUUUGAGUACCAGAAGAAUGUCAUUUUGAGGGAUUGACAUUAUACUUGUGGCAUUUACCUUCUGAGGGUAGGUUACCACUGGGUUACUAUAUGCACUUUUCGGCCAUCUUUUUAAGAGUCAUCAUCCUAUAUUUAUGUUGAACCGCCACCCUGUUGUAAGUAUUCAAGUAGUAAGUAGACUUCUUAUCUUGGUGCUGCAGGGAACCACUCCAUUGAAUUUAUCCGAUAUAGCUGGCACCUCCCUCUCUGAGCUAAACCCAGCAUUGAGGGGUUUAGCUUAUUGUUUGAGAGCAAUCAUCUGACAUACUCGGCCAUUGAACAAGCACUGCAGGGCUUAUCACAGGGGAGCUAACAGAAGCUCCAUCCAGAUUUCAGUCAGAUGUAGUGGAGGCAGGGAGUGGCGCUUGGACUUACCACUCCCCAUCUCCAACACGAGUAAGCUAGAAGUUAAUAAUUGGACAUUUUUGUACUCUCGUUGCCUGAGAGCGAUCAGCUGAGCUAAUGCUAUCUUUAGAAGUGGAUGGGAGCUGCUCCAGGCAUUCCCCAGGUAACCAGUAAAGCUGUCCUAAAACAAUUUGACUACUUAGAGGGGCACCAGGACACGUGCUUCAAGUGUUUAAGUCCUACUUAAAUCUCUGGCUUGCAAUCAUAAUUUUAUAUUUAGAUCUGCUGCCAUUUAAUGGUUUUAUGUGUGACCGUUACCUAUUUUGUAGCCACCUAGUGUCUUGUGUUUUCAGGAGCCAAGCAAGUGCUAUACCAAUAUCCUUCAAUGGGCCUUGACAAAUGUCACUAGCAUCUAGGAGCCGAGCAAGACUUUUAAAUAAGGGGGUGCUCUAAGUACCAUAACCACAACUGCUUGGAGGCCUGUUUUUUGUUGAGGUGUUUGAGUGUAGUUUUACAAAAUCUUUGCUCUCUGGCCUUCGGGACCACCCCUUGCUCUGCCACAUUGAUGAUGCAGAAUUUACACGUCCACAUUUUGAUUACCAGUUCUGUCCAAACUAGAUGGUUGUGAUAGGCUAAGUGUAUGGAAGCAAGAAAGCCAUGUGUUUUAAAAGUGAAAUACUCCUUGGCAAAACAAUCUGCAGAAAUUUGCUCCGUAGAGUUGGCAUCCCCUUUACCUUAGAUCUCCGACCACAUAUUAAUCUAAAAACUAUGUAAUGAUUUCUGUUGUGACCGCAGGGGCAGCAUCUAUGUCCUAAAAUCACUUCAUUUAGAUGAAGUAAUUUUGCUGCUUUAUUCCCCUCGUGACCUGUUUGGAAGCCAUUGAUUUGGUUGCCAUGGAAUUAUUCACAGGCUGAGAACACACAUAAUCAGUGAUAUUUUAAGAUUCGCAUAGUGAGCUGUUAAUAGAGGUCAUUUUGGCUUUCCUUUAAAUUGUCCUGCUGAAAAGCUAACUUGUAUUUUGCCUGAGGCAUCACUGCCUUGGUUUCUGUAUCACCUGAAUGACUGCCUUUGUUGGAAGCACUUACAAUUUUGGUACAAUUUCAGUUAGAGGAUUUUAGUGGCCACAUUAUCAGAGGGCCAGACAAGGGUCCAUGUUAUGGCUGCGUGAGGAGAGCUUAUAAACUCUUUCCACCAUAACCACUGUAACUAUAUUUCGCAGUUACAGUUCUCAGGGUCAAGUUAAAUACUUGUCUUGAAACAAUUGUCCUGAUUUUGUAAAUUAAAGCAAUCUGUUUUACAUGCCAUUAAAAAAAAGUAGCUAAAACCCAGGUUGUCUUGAAUUUACCAUUUUUAAUUUUCGAUAGUUUUGAAACAUGUCCUUUUGGUUUCCCCAGAUACAACCGAUAACUCGGCACAAGAUGAAAAAUCUCUGUCUUCAGAAGGUAUGCAUUUUGUAUAUAUUUUAUCCUCCUGUUUUUCAUACUGGAAGGAAAUUUUUUGAAAACAAUUGAAGUUAUGUGUCCUACAGCACUCUCUAUGAUACUGGAUGUUGCUGCACGGAGGUCAUGACUUGGCAUUUAAUGCCAAGUCACCAUCUCAAAAUAAAUUCAAAAAAUUACACCUUUGAAAUUUAGGGUGGUGGGAUGCAGAUGUAAAACAUUUCAACUAUUUACUAAAACCUGAUCUAAAAUGUAUUUAAGUAUGGAUCUUAUAAGCAACAGCAGUUCUCUGGAGCUGCUCUUAUUUGCAGAGCCUUAAAAUAGAUAACUUAGAGAAGUUACUAGCUGCACAAGUUGUUUUUAAUUGAUAUUGUAGAGGUACUCUAAACACAAUAGCUACAUCUUAUAAUGAUAUUGUCAUGAUGACUCCAAACCAGUCACCCUCAUUUUGCAUGAUUUUUACUUUCUCAUUAUCCAUAAACUCCAUACAGCCAUGAAUGGCAUUGAUAGCUAAACUACCCCAGCACACUCAGCCUAUCGUGUCUAUCCACUGUUGGACAGAUUUUUAUGAAUGGCUUUGAGUUUUGGGAGAUAUCUGUUGUACUGUCUGGACUGCUCAAGAGCAGUUUAACAUCUUUAGCAAUCUGGAUACCCUUCAUAAAAAAACCUGGCCAACCUCCGCCUGUCCUAGUAUGUUAAGUUCCCCCAAUACUUACAGGACCAAUACUAAAUAAAUAAAAAACAUUUUUUUUAAAUAUAUAUAUACACACACACACACACACGCUGAUCGGUCUUUAUACACUGCUGCCCAUCUUACAUAUCACCUAUGCAUUUUUACUUAAAACUUUAGUGUGCUGGGGGGGAGGUGGGGGGACUGACUUAAUGUAAAACAGGGAAAUAGCACCUAAUGACCCAUUUGACUAAGAUUAUUGGUAUUUGUAUAGCGCCGCAGCGUUUUUACAAUAUAAUGAGUGGGUAAAUUUAACAAUAAAUUAGAUAUUUACAAAAUGUUACAGGAACAAUAGGUAGGUGAGAACUCUGCUCAAACGAGCUUACAGUCUAGAGGAGGUGGGGUAUAAAAACACAAUAGGGCAGCAAGGGGGAAAGUAGCAUAGCUGGAGGUAAGGGUGGAGUGGUUCUUUAGAAGAGAGCAAGAGACUGAUAUGUGACACAGAAGUUACACUGGGAGGCCAUAAGCAUUUCUGAACAGAUGGGUUUUGAGGGAGUUCUUAAAUGAUUGAAGACUAGAAGAGUCUGGUGGUAAGCAGGCAGUAACAAAAGUCCUGCAAGCGAGAGUUCGCAUUAAGGGUGCGAGCAGUGGACAGAAUAAGGUCGCCGGCACAGCGGAGAGACCAUGAAGGAGCAUAACUACGAAUUGGUGAAGAGAUGUAACAGCAGCUAGAGUUGUUAAAACGCUUUAUAUGCAAGGGUUAGUAUUUUGAAUUGACACUUGUAGGAUACAGGAAGCCAAUGUAAGGAUUGACUGAGAAGCAGGGUAUGGGAGGACACAUUCAUUACAAAUUGUAGGGGGUAGUACAGCUUCUAGGGAGACCAAUUAUGAGAGAAUUAUAGUAAUCCAUGCGAGGGAUAACCAGAGCAUGAACAAGCUGCUUGGCAGCAUCUUGUGUAAGAAAGGGGCGGAUGCGGGCAAUGUUUUUAAGGUGGCAUCGACCGGUUUUAGCAACCUACUGGAUAUGAGGUGCAAAGGUGAGGCCAUUAUCAAAGAUAACACCAUGAACUUGCAGGAAAGCAAGAGAUGGAUCAACAUUGUGAGGAGGAAAAAUAAUGAGCUCUGUUUUAGAGAGGGUGAGGACAAGAUUGAAUAGGGUCGAGGAGAGUUGGAAUUGAGUAAAUGAGCCAAACUAAAGAAGUCUUUCUAGAAACUUGGGGGGUGGGAAGCAGAGAUAUGGGACGAUAGUUGGAAGGAAAAGAUCUAAAUUGGCUUUUUUAGGAUGGGUACGACAGCAUGUUUAAGGGGAGUAAGGACAACACCAGACGAAAGAUAGCCGUUAAGGAUGGUUCAAGGGGGGGGGAUUGAAUAAAGCGGACCGGUGGUGGGACGAGGAGAAACGCAGCCAUCUCCUGUUCAGUAACUGAGAAGCUUGAAGGGUAGUGAAGGUAUGGUCCAUGUGAGGUUGCGAUAGAGGGGAUUCUUUCCUUAAUUGUUUAAUCUUGUCGGUAAAGUAGCCUGAAAGGCUAUUGGGUGAAAGGUUAGUUUGGGGGUCGUCUUGAGAUGGGGAAAGUGAGUUGAAGGUAUCAGAAGCCUGGGAUUGUGAGAGCAUGGAUGAGAGAGUGAAUGUAGGAUUGUUUAGCCAGGGUGAGGGCUGUGCUGUAUGUACGCAGAGAUGGAUUUAUAAUAAGUCUGCCGAUGCGGAACUUACUCCAGCAGUAUUCAGCUGAUCGGGAGCAUCUCUGCAGGUAGCGGGUUGACUUAGUGUGCCAAUGUUGAAGUUGGGGCUAUAUAGUCACUAUAUAAUGGUUUAGGUACUUCAAGUCCAUACAGUUUUCAGGAUAUGCUGAAUGUAGCCAAAAUAUAUUACACGUGGGAUACAGCUGCUAAACCUAAAAUAUAUAAUAAUAAAAAAGCAUAAUACAGUUGAUGGAGAUAUAAUAAUCUCUGCUAAAGAUUGCACUCACAUGAUUUUGAAGUUAAAUGCGCUCUAAUGGUGCCUCCCCUGGUAUUUGGGGGGUUAAUGUCUCCCUCUUAGGAUCAGGUAUCACCCAAUAUCAGAAACCAAGCAGUACUCCCGACAGGUAGAUGAGUAGAAGAGGUUUAUUGGAAAUAAGUUUUAAAAUUUUAAUUAAAAGACAUUUUGGUCUUGCGUGUUUCGUCCUCUUAUGGGACUUCCUCAGAGACCAAUAUUCAAUAAAAACAAUUACAACAAUGAUGCUCCCAAAAAAAGCAGCCUAAACUAUGCAGAAUGUAGAUAUGUCUGAAACAGUUGUGUUUGCAUCAAAUGCCAAGCUAUUUUAUAAGGUUUUUUUUGUCUUCAGAUUCCAAUGCAGCUGUUGGGAUGGAGAUUUCUGAGCCUGUUGGUAAGUGACAGCUUUUUAUAUUCUGCUGUCAGUUCAGUUAUGUAACACUUUGAAAUUUUGUUGGGGUAUAAGGCACAAUUAAAUGUGUAGUUUUUAGGUUACAGGUAAAUUGGGUAUGUGAAUUAUCUGUGUGUAUUUAUUUUGAUGUCAGUGUGCUUGGAUUUUCAGUCCACAGCAAAUUGAGUGCGUGAAAUCUUUACCUUGAGAAAGCGACCAGUCAUGUGAAAUGUGUUGAGGGCUAUUUAGGAGCCAGCAGAAACAGAGAGAUGGAGCAAUACUGAUGUUAAACUUUGACAUCCUGACAGGAGAGAUACCACAGACUCUGGGUGCAGGGACUGUAACUCACCGUGCGAUAUUUGGCUUUUAUUGCAAGCCUCACUAUUCCAAAAUAUACAUAUUCACUCUCUAAUGGCAAGUGGACGUUUUGGGUCCUGACAAACCUUUGUAAUGCAGUAAGGCUACAUAGAUACGUAAUUAUUAUUUUUUUUUUAAACUGUCCUUUGAACAGUUGAGACAGCUAUUUGUAUUGGCUCUUUUUGUAAACUACAUGGUCAAAGGUAUAUGCGUCCCCAUUGUAAUUAAUGGAAUAGUACAGUAGGCAACCUUGCAAUACUCCAGAUGUUGUGCAAAAAAUCUCCCCUAAUGGUUUGCUAGCAUUAUGGUAGAUACAGUGCAUAUCUGAAGUGUUGAAGGUUUCCUACACCUGGAAAUAGGGUAUAUUCGCUUGUCAUUUAAAAAAAAUUAAAUUCUUUCCUAAGUAGAAAUGUCCAGUGUUUAAUUUUAAAAAUGCUUAACUCGCACCGGGCCUCCCUUAACAUAUAAACAUAAGUCAUUUCCAGGCUGUGCUAACCAACAUUAUAGAUUUCGCUUAAACUCUGAUUAAACGGACUUAACUGUACAUGCCAAGUUUGUACCAAUCUCCUUUACAGGUCAUGCAGAAGAACGUUGCUAUGCACAACCAAUUAUCAUUGAUUUACAUUCUCUUAAAUAAACCCUCCUUAUGGACAGAUUUGUCUUUGGCUGAGCAUGUUGGGUGACUUGCUUAGCCAGUCAGUGGCAUACAGAAGUAGAAUUUCUGUAUUAGUAGUUUUUGUUGGUUGAGGGCAAAACCCACGGGUGCUAAGAACCUGUUCUUGACCAAUAACGGGGUGACGUCCAAAGCCAAACACCAUAACCACUACAUAAUCAUGUAGUAAUUAUGGUGUUCAGGCUUGUCCUGUAAGCAUAGCACUUUGUGUUCUCCAGUAUUGCCAAACCAAUUUUCUGUCUCUUGUGCAUCUCUGCUAGAUGUUGACUUUGAUCCAGUUGACCAUUUCGAAUGUUUGUGUAGGAUUUUGUCCGUGGCAUAAGUUUAAUUCCCAUCAUUCUUUCUGAAUUUUCUUCCAAACUACUAGGCUGCUACUACUUUUAGGUGUUCCCCCAACAGGUCACUAACUGUCAAAAAAACAACUUUCUUAACCAUGCAACCCUUGACUUUCUAUUCUCUCUUGCAGUAGAAAAUGGAGAGACGGAAAUGUCACCUGAAGAGUCGUGGGAUCACAAAGAUGAGCCCAGUGAAACAGAACCUGGAGGCGGUAUAGGUGAUGGAGGGUCUUCUGAAGAUGCUGCACCAGAAAUGAUGGAGGAAGAGGAAGAAAUUGCAAAACCCAAAACAGUUGUAGCACUCCCAGAUGCCCCCAAAAAAGAACAUGUUAACGUGGUUUUCAUCGGGCAUGUAGGUAUGUUGGCCAGGACGCUUGUUCUUCUUUAAUUAAAAAAAAAUGUAUAUAUAUUUUUUUUUUGUCUUAAAUUUAUUAUUUUAACAUGUUAAAUACAAUUAAAGGUUUGCUGAAGGCCCUUUCACUUAUAAGUCUGCUUAUCUGUGUUUGUACCUUCCAGCAAUCAGACCUGAAAUGAUCAAAUGUAUAGUAUAUUACUCGGGUUUAUCAGUGCAUGUGUUUUUGUUUGAGCAUCAUUAAAUGGAAUACAGUUCUGCAUGUGAAUUACCUUAACUAGUUAACAUACUCUGCUUCUAAACUUACUAUAACAAUGGGUAAAAAGUAUUCCUAAUGCAACGUUGUGUCAGGACAAAUAUUUAAAGAUGAUUUCAACAUUAUUCAAGCUCCAAUGCCUUUGGUUUACAGCAAAUUCUUUUAUCACUUAAAGCAUUAUGCAAAAUUUGCACACUGUAAUAAAAUGACUUGAAAAACAAUGUAUUUUUUACAAAUGUUUUCAUCCAAACAAAACCUUUUUACUUACCAUUUCUUUUUAUUUCCAGAUGCCGGAAAGUCUACCAUUGGUGGCCAAAUAAUGUAAGUAUAUUUCAUCUGCAUACAACUCAAUAUUACAAGUGUUGAAUCUGUAAUCAAAGAUGUGAUGAGAACGAUACCAAGAUGUAGACAGUAAGAGUGGCAUAUCUGGGAAACGGGGAUUGGGGUGUGAGGAGACAAACCCGGAGAAAUACAAGUGCAGGAAAGCUCACCAUGGAGUAAUGUCAGGUAUUAUUUAUAUAGCAUCAUCAGAUUCCGUAGCGCUGUACAAUGGGUGGACUAACAGACAUGUAAUUGUAACCAGACAACUGGACAUACAGGAACAGAGAGGUGGAGGGCCUUGCUCAAUGAGCUUACAUUCUAGAGGUUUUUCUUCCUCAAUAAUAUUACAAGAGAGGCUUUAAAGGAACAGAUAAAAAUGUCUUGUUAGGUUGGUCAAACUGAAUCUGUCCUUUUACAUUGAUGUUGAACAGUACUAUUGUAGUGAGCAAUAAGUCCAAUUCCAAGUAAACCAUAGACUGCUAGUCCACAAAUAUGUAAACUGGCUAUAUCAUAUCUUUCUGUGUGUGGCUAUAUAUUGUUUUAUUUUUAUUUUUUUACUUUGUUUAGGUAUUUAACGGGCAUGGUUGACAAAAGAACACUUGAGAAAUAUGAAAGAGAAGCUAAAGAGAAAAACAGAGAAACCUGGUAAUUUUAAUCUUACAUGCACACGUAUACACAGUUAAUAAACUGCUGGGUAUUCGGCAUUGGAAUUAUACUAUGCUUAUAAAACAAAAAAGCACUCCAGUCAUUUACAACUCAUAUCUCACAACAUUAGCACUACAUGACCGAUUUAUUACUGCCCUCUUUGUUCUAUGCUGACUCUGUAAACUUUGUAGUCUACCGUGCACAUUUUUUAUUUCUGAGAAGCAGUCAUGCUUUUUACAUUUCAUAGUGUUAACUAGAGGUCUUAUUUGUUUCAGGUAUCUCUCUUGGGCACUAGACACAAAUCAGGAAGAACGAGACAAAGGUAAAACAGUUGAAGUUGGCCGUGCUUACUUUGAAACCGAGAAAAAACACUUUACUAUCCUUGAUGCCCCUGGCCACAAGAGCUUUGUUCCAAAUAUGAUUGGUGGAGCUUCUCAAGCUGACCUGGCUGUUCUAGUAAGGCACAUUUAUUUAUUAAAUUUUUUUAUUAUUAAAUGUUGAUUUUGAUAUUUUUUCUGUGAGAUACAUACACUUGAAGUUCCUGUGUUUUGUGAUUAAAAGCUUGUUAUACAAAGUCUUGACAAGCUAGAAAGUGAUGGCCAAUCCUGAUGCUUUAAUGGCAGGUGUGGUUUAGCUUUUGCAAAUGGGUGGGGGGGUGGAGUGACAAAACAAAAACAUACUAAUUGUAACCUAUAUUUACACAUUGCUCCUAAUGAGUUAGUGUUGCAGGUGUCGCUUCAAAUGUCUGCAUUAAAACAAUGCUUACUUCAUGGCUUAAAACUUAUGUCCUAUGCUAUUAACCCGGCCUUUAAAGUUACCCACAUACCCAGCAAGGACUAAAUUUUACUUGCCAAAGCACUUGCUAGGUGAAAUUGUGAGCAAUGUUCGCAUGAUGUAAAUUGAUGCACUUAACACCAUAACCACUACACUAGUGAUGGUGUCAGUAGUCCCUUGUGUCGUCCUAGUGUAAGACAUGCGUAAUGUAGGGAUGCAACUAAUUUUUUAUUUUUAAAUCUGAUCAAAUAAAAAAAAAAAUGCUCAAAGUGAAUUAACACUUUAGAGAAUUUAAAUGAGUCAUGGCCAUCACUACCGUUGGGAUAUACUUUUAAGUACUACACACAUCCAGAUACAUGCAUGGCUAUACAAAUGCACACACACACUAAAACAUUUUAUUUAGGCACCCUUGAUUUUAGUUACCAUUUUGCAGCUUGAUCAUGGCUUCCCUGUGGUGCAGUGGGGAUUUUUAAAGGACCAUUCUAGGCACCCAGACCACUUCAGCUUAAUGAAGUGGUCUGGGUGCCAGGUCCCUCUAGGAUUAACCCCUUUUUUUUUUUUUUUUUUAUAUAAACAUAGCCGUUUCAGAGAAACUAAGUUUAUAAAUGAGUUAAUUCAGCCUCUAAAGCCUCUAGUGGCUGUCUCAUUGACAGCCGCUAGAGGCGUUUGCGUGCUUCUCACAGUGAAAAAUUUCCUAUGAGACUGGCAGAAUGCGCGCACAGCUCCUGCCGCGCAUGUGCAUUCAGCCGGAGAGGAGGAGAGCUCCUUGCCCGGCGCUGGAAAAAAAAAGGUAAGAUUUAACCCUUUCCUCGCCAUACUUUUUACCCGGCGGGAGUGGGACCCUGAGGGUGGGGGCACUAUAGUGCCAGGAAAACGAGUAUAUUUGUUUUGUUUUUUCUGGCACUAUAGUGGUCCUUUAAGCUUGCUUGGGCUGCAUGUGGCAAGCUCCUCUUCUCACAUGUGGUUUCUACGAGUGCUGAUAGGAAGUGAUCUGACAUUACUUCCUCCAGUGCUGCACACAAGAAUGAACAAUGGGCAGUCCGUUAAGCGUUCUAGUAAACUGGAGUGUGAUCCGGUCCAUACAGGCCCCACUGCUUUUACUGGCUAGUACUAGCUAUGACCCUUAAUGGCUUCCCUGCUUAGCACCAACAAUCACAAUACCACCCCUGUCUUAAUAUGACCUUUUGCAUGGGAUGUACGUCUGUGAAAUGUCGGUGCAUAUACAUGUAUUUCUGUAUAGUAUCGAUGUGAGGGUGCGGGGUUAUUUCUGUGGAACCUCAAUGUACGAUUUAUGGAGAUGUUUCAUUGGUGUGUCCGUGUAUGAACAUGGAGGUGUAUUUCUAUAAAUACCAGGGGACAAAUGAGACAGUGGUGGAGAGGAUGCAGUUGUAUAAAACUUCUGUUUCAGCAUAGCUUUGCAGACUGGGAGGACAGUGGGUGCAGAGCAGAUUCAGAUAUACUGUUUGACCGUUUACCCUGGGGAUGCACCAGGAGACUCUGUACUUCAUAGUGUACUGUUGGUGUUUUGUGUACCUAUAACAGUCAAUCCAUGCCUCUCUAAUUGCUGGUAUAAUUAUCCCAGAGUGAAUUAACAUGAUGGAAAUUGUAGUCUAAGGUUUAGAACUACACUUAGUCCCUUCUAUACCUGCCUACAUUUUAAUUCUCUUUAAUGGGUGCUUGAAGUGAGGUUCCUUUUGUAUGCUUUCUGUAUGUAGAUGGGACUUGUUGCUUGUAUAGCAGACUCUGUAAACUGGUGCUCUUGAUACAUUGCAAUGAGUAAACCAUGAAUGUGUUUUUAAUUUUUUUUUCUUUUUUUCUUCCUUGCAGGUAAUCUCUGCACGAAAAGGUGAAUUUGAGACUGGAUUUGAAAAAGGAGGGCAGACGAGAGAACAUGCCAUGUUGGCAAAAACAGCCGGUGUAAAACAUUUAAUAGUUCUUAUUAAUAAAAUGGACGAUCCAACAGUGAACUGGAGUAAUGACAGGUAAUUAAUUUGCAUUAGUCGGAGAUGGCGUGUUGCACCGCAUGUGUUUUAGGAUCAUUUGCACAGAAUGACCAGGAAAAUGUCAGUCAGUGAGGCACGCAUAGCUUCAUCUGUUCUAGAUGCUUUACCACAGUCUAGUUGUAGGUCAAUUGUUUGAAGAAAACAUAGCUGAAUAUAUUAGUUCAUAGUAAUUCCUUUACUCUGAUUUUAAGUGUUUAUGUUUUUGUCUUUUGUUAGGUAUGAAGAAUGUAAAGAAAAGCUUGUGCCGUUUUUGAAGAAAGUUGGUUUUAACCCUAAGAAAGAUAUUCACUUUAUGCCAUGCUCAGGACUGACUGGAGCCAACCUUAAAGAACCAGUCGAUUUUUGCCCAUGGUACAAGUAAGUGUUAAAAAUUAAGAUUCUCAUGCAAAUGUUCUGUACAAAUCACAGGGGUGCAAUCCUACACAUACUGUUCUAGUUGAAGUAACAAUUCUUUUAACAGAUUGGUUUUCCUAACUCUCCAUAUAUCAGUCUACUUAAACCUUUUUGUUCCCCAUUACGAUUUUCCCACUCUUCCCUUUUGCCACUCAACAGUUGUUCUGCCCUGUGCCAGUGUCCUUCUGCCCUUUUAUCUUUUCAAUUUUCCUGUACCAGUCUCCCCUAUUCUAAACUCCUUUUCAUUCAACUGCUUUGUAUUUCAUUACUUCUUAUUAAAUUGGUGCAUAAAGGCUUUGUCUAGGAGUAUGAGGCCAUGUCGAACUGCUCUCUGUGGCUAGUUUAAUAGUCUUGUUGCGUACUCUUUAAUACUUGUGAAAAGUUUGUGCUUGUGUCAUGAGUUGUAUGUAAACCCAAAUGUUGCUGAUCAAUCCUAUUCUUUCUGUAGUGGCUUAUCGUUUAUACCAUAUCUGGACAACUUGCCAAACUUCAACAGAUCAUAUGAUGGACCUGUCAGGCUGCCAAUUGUGGAUAAGUACAAGGUGGGUUUUUUUUUUUCCCCACAACAUUAAGUCUUUUAUUUUGAAUGUACAAUUUUUCAGUUACUGUAACCUUUGUAGCUUGGUGCAGGUGUAUUCAGUAUAUGUUGACUUAUUGCAAUAGAAUUACUGUUAUUAAAUUAUGUGCUGUGAUUAGCUGUAAAAUGUGGCAUUCUAUCGGUUUUUAACCUGUUUUUGUUUCUUUACAGGAUAUGGGUACAGUUGUUCUAGGAAAACUAGAAUCUGGUUCAAUAGCUAAAGGACAGCAGCUUGUGAUGAUGCCAAACAAGGUGAGAUUUGAUUUUGCUUAAACCUUUUACAUUCUUUUUAAAGGACCACUAUAGUGCCAGGAAAACAAACUUGUAGGUGUAAAUAGGCUCUAGGGGGUGGAAGAGGUUAAACGUUUACCUUUCUCCAGCACCGGGGACUCUCCUCCCUCUUCCGACGCAUGCGCGGCAAGAGCCGCGCACAUUUAAUCAGUCCAUAGGAUUUUCCUCUGAAACUGCGAUGUUUACAGCUGCAGGGUUAACACUAGAUGGACCUGGCACCCAGACCACUUCAUUGAGCUGAAGUGGUCUGGGUGCCUAUAGUGGUUUUUAAAGAUUCAGUGAAAAUGUUAUGGGGAUUUUUCACCCAGUGGAGUAUAGUCUUGACAAAAUGAAGAUAAAAAUCAUUGUUAUGCUUUAAACUUUGUUAAUCUACAUCAGGUAUAAAUAUCUUGCUGUUUUUUUUUUUUUUUUUAAUACAGCACACAGUUGAAGUUCUUGGGCUGCUAUCAGACGAAGUGGAGACAGAGCUUGUAGCGUCAGGUGAAAAUCUGAAACUCCGACUUAAAGGCAUUGAAGAGGAAGAAAUCCUUCCAGGUUUUAUUCUCUGUGAGCCAAGCAAUCUUUGCCAUUCUGGACGCACGUUUGAUGCCCAGGUUAGAUGAUCCCAUUUCAAUGAUUAUAGCAGCAUAGUGAUUGUGAUGGUUAGGUGUACGUUGCCCCCAUUAAUGUGGCAAACUUUUUUUUUUUUUUUAUUGGUUUGUUCUCUUACCACUAAUACAAAUUUCAGGCGUCUGCAAAGCAAAGAUCUUGCCGCUUAUUGAUUGGCUGAGAGUUAGCUGACCACUCUGACAGUGAAUGAGCGUCUGCAUCGAAAUUUUCUCAGAACUGACCUGAACUAAUAUUGCAAGAGAGCAAAGUUACACCUCCAACAGCAGCGUAGUUUAAUAUUCAAAUUUUAAAGUGAAACUCUGAAACCGUGAAACAGUCUCCAGACACAAUGACCACUUCAAAUCACUGAAGUAGUCAUGAUGUAAUCCUGGAAUAACCUUAAGAUCGCAAUAGGUGACAUGCCACUUAUAUAAUGUGGAUAGAUUCAUGGAUACAUUGCCUCCUAGAAUUAAUGUAUUUUUUUUGUUUUUGUUUUUUCCAGCUUUUAGUAGCUUCACCGGCGUGGGGUGGGGGUGGUGGGGUUAGUUAUAAACUGGGUACUCUAGAUCAGGUCUUAAAAUUUACCCUAGUCAUUAGCGAAUGAAAGUUUAGCCCUUGCAAGUAGAAAUUAACACCUGAUACUCAUACUAUGACUUGUAGUGGCAAGUAAGUUUUAUGGCAUGGCUAGUAGAAUAGAACUUCAAAUUUUAAUCCCUACUGUAGCUAAUGCAUAAAUUUGCUGGUUUGUUUUUGUAUAUGUUCAUUUUUAUUAUCUUACAAAUUUUAUAUGUAUUGCAGAUUGUCAUUAUCGAGCACAAAUCUAUCAUCUGUCCUGGUUACAACGCAGUGCUACAUAUUCAUACCUGUAUUGAAGAAGUCGAGAUAACAGUAUGUGUUUCCACAUAUCAACUCGUUUAGCAUAGCUGGCUAUUCGGUUGUUUUUAUCUGUUAAAACAAAUAUUUUCUUGGGUGGGGGAAUGCACUCCAGCUGCUGAUCACUAAUUUGUGAACAGAUGUCACUGACCGGCAGCUCAUGCAUGUGUAGUCCUGCAACAAGUGACCGUUGCAGGACUACAGGUGAACAUUAGUUGAUAAGCAUAAGUCUAUGAUUUUAAUAGUAUUUGCUCAGCGAGCAUCCAUGUAGGAGCAAAGUUAUCAAAGCUGGUAUUUGUUUAUUUGCAACACACUGCAUAUUGUGACUCCAUGCUUCUUGAAUAUUUGUAAAGCCAAGCUUCUAAAUAAUGUGUUAACUCCUCUUGGUUUUUGUUUGUUUAAAGGUAAAGGGACGCUUGGCACAAUGGCUCUUAAGAUAGGACACUGCAGUUUAAUCAGAGUAACAUGUCUGUAUCCUGUAUCUAAAGUUACUUCCUUUUUUUUUUUUUCCAUCUCUCUAGGCCUUAAUCUGCAUGGUAGACAAAAAAUCAGGGGAAAAGAGUAAGACACGGCCCCGAUUUGUAAAACAAGAUCAAGUAUGCAUUGCCCGCUUGAGGACAGCGGGAACUAUCUGCCUUGAAACCUUCAAAGAUUUCCCUCAGAUGGGUCGAUUUACCUUGAGAGACGAAGGUAGGAUACUGAUGUUUUAAAAUGACACCAGUUUAAAUUGAAUGUGUAGUUCACUUUAUAAUAUGAUGCUAUUCUUCCACUGCUACAGUUGUAUUCUCACCACAUUUCUCUAAUUCUCCAUUUAGGUAAAACCAUUGCAAUUGGAAAGGUCUUGAAACUGGUUCCAGAAAAGGACUAAGUUGUUAUGUUUUCUUUUUUCUUUUUCUUUUUUUUUCUUCUUUGUUUAAAUUUUUAUUUUAUUUUAUUUUUCCUCUUGAUCCUGCACAAACGUGAGGAAAAUUGACUAUACAGAAGCCUACUUCACAUCGCCUUCUUAUUUUCUGCCCAUUGACAAACAAUUCCCAGAGAUCAAUUUCACAGCAGAAAUACUAUGUCCACAUUGUCAGCUUUCUCAUAUUGAGAGCUCUGCUAUGCCACUGUUGUACACCCCCUGGAUCUUUUUUUUUUUUUUUUUUCUCAAAUCCCGUCUAAAUUCCAUUUCUUUGGAGAGAUUUGGCUAUAGCUUUUAAGUCAUGUGGACAGUUGCCUACAUACCCAAUUAAAAUUUUUAUAAUUUUUUUUCCCCCUCCUCUUUUUAAAUGAAACAUUUUCCCUUUCCUCACCUCCAAAAAAGACAACUUUGAAAGGCAGAACAUUAAAAGUGUGCGAAUGUGUGAGCACAUGUUACAAAGAACUACCACCAUGUUAAUAAAAUAUUCCAUUUAAAACCCUUAUUCGGUAUUUGAAUUGCUUUUCAAUGCUAUUUUUAUUUAUUUUAAUUUUUUUUUUAACCUGAAUGUAACACCUGCUGCGUUAAAUUUUUAAUUUUCCAAGUAACCAAUAUUUUGGCUUGGACCCCUAAAUUAUAUACCCAUUACCCUUUCCCAACAAAUAUGCCAUAUACAGAUAGGUUUGUAAUAUUUCCAGUUGCCCUUAUGAAGUGUUAACUUUGCGUGCCAGGCCUGGUGAGCAGUCUCCUGGGCAAUUCGCAUGUUGGCGGUCUUACAAAUUAACUGCAUUUAAGCAAACUUGACUCUGCUAUUGUUAAUCACAAGAUUGUUUUGAAAAGAAAAAUAUAUUUUGAAGUUUGAGUGUAAGUUCAUCAAAAGGCAGGUGGAGUAAAAUACUUGUAUUUUCUAUAUUCAAACACUAUCUGUGUAUUAGAAAUGAUGAGGGGUCUGUUACUCCUCAUCUCUGCAAUACUCCGUUGCAGGUUUCUUCAGCAUUUCAAGGGAUGAAAUUACAAGCUUGCUAGAAAAUGUCAGAUUUCUGAUUUUAAAUGGAAGUCAUUACUAGCUUUUAAAACAGGCUCCAUUUUAAUAUUGACUGGAAAAGAUUCCAGUUCUUGAUUCCAGUUAAGUCUUUGUGUUGUGUAAUAUAAAGACUUGACUUCUUAUCCUUGCUGCUUUAAAACUUGUUUGAGAUGAGCAGAGGACUAUCAUUUAUUAAGCUCAUACGAGUUUGCACAUAUUGAAAUUUUGGAUAUAUGAUCUUAGAUAGUCCUGCCGUCUGUAAACUGCAUAUCAAGAGUUGUGCUUCUCUAGAACUGAAAGCAAUGUCUCUGAGUUAUUAGAAACUACAUCAGCCAACUUUGUAAGCCUUCUCUCCCUCUUAUCCUCAGGAUACCAAGAGCAAAAGUGUAGCGAUUAUGAAAUGAAACAUCCACUGAUACAACAAAAUGACCUUAAUGAAAAGUAUGUUAGAAGGCAUAUAUGCUCAUGUCAGGCAAUGCCUGAAUUUGAUCAUAUGUGUUGCCUUGUAACAAUUUUUAUUUUUUUAUUACAUUAAAAUCUGGUUGUUUUGGCAACCUCUACACAACUGCAGUUUUCAAAAGUUGAAACCGUAAAGAUUGUUUAACCCAAUUUUGUUUCUUUGUAACUGUGAUUUCACAUUCAUUUCACCUAUGAGGCUACAUUGUAAGGCCAGAGAAAUUUAUUGUCCUUCAGUUUCAAUUGAUUGCUCUUGUAGCUGCCGUAAUGCAUGAAAUGGAAAUAAAUUUUAUUAUGUCGGCAAAGAUGUGGGUUUUCAGUUUUUCUGGUCAGACCUUUUUUUAUUAUUUUUUUACAUUUUGUGGUAUUGUGGGGGGG